AUGAGUGUUUUGGGUCUAUUGCAUCAUUUUCUUGGUCUUGAAGUUACUCAAGAGGAUGAUGGAGUAUUUGUUUCUCAGCAAAGCUAUGCUGAAGCAAUGCUUAGAAAGUUUAAUAUGUUUGGGUGCAAAGCAGUACCAACACCACUCACAUCAAAUGAGAAGCUGAUGAAAAAUGAUGGCGGAAGAAAAGUGGACAGCACUCUUUACAGAAGCAUCAUUGGUAGUUUGAUGUAUCUAAUGGCUACGAGGCCCGAUAUAAUGUUUGCUACUAGUUUGUUGUCAAGGUUUAUGCAAAGUCCCAGUCAUAUUUACCUUGGAUCAGCCAAACGAGUUCUUCGUUACAUCAAAGGAACCUUGGCUUAUGGCAUCAAAUAUUUCAAGGGUGAAGAAUUAACUUUAAUUGGAUUUUGUGACAAUGAUUGGGCAGGUUCAAAAGAUGACAUGAAAAGCACAUCUGGUUUUGUGUUUUCGCUUGGAUCGGGAGCAUUUUCUUGGCAAUCAAAGAAGCAAGAAAUAGUAGCACAAUCAUCAGCAGAAGCUGAAUAUAUUUCAGUAGCAAUUGCAACGUCUCAAGCAGUCUGGCUUAGAAGAAUUUUAGAAGAUGUUGGAGAAAAGCAAGACAACACAACAAAGUUGUUUUGUGACAACAAGUCAACCAUAACAACGGCAAAGAAUUCGAUUUACAGCAGCAGAACAAGGCACAUAGCAGUGAAGUAUCACUCAUCAGAGAAAAAGUUGAAGAAGGAGUGA